CACAGAGCACUCCCUCGGUGGGUCCGGACGUCCCUGGACCAGGCUGGGCGCGGAGGUGGCCUGUGGCGUUUGAACACCCUCCCCCACCACCUUGACCUGCCACGUGGAGGCUGUCCCUCUGGAGAAGCUGGAACCUGGAAUUCAAGCACACUCUGGCCCCUUCCCUCCCCCUCACAUCCUGAACAGCAGCUAGAAAGUCUGAAGCCAGGCGGACAGCUGGGGCCUGUUCCCAGGACACUUACAUUUUACUGGAGACUCACGGGAGAGGUGCCCACGAUGAUCCCCUGGGUGCUCCUGGCAUGCGCCCUCCCCUGUGCUGCCGACCCGCUGCUUGCUGCCUUCACCCGCAGAGACUCCCAGAAGGGUGCCCCUCAACUUGUCUGCAGCCUGCCUGGUCCCCAGGGCCCCCCAGGCCCCCCAGGAGCCCCAGGGCCCUCAGGAACAGUAGGAAGAAUGGGCUUUCCAGGCAAAGACGGCCAGGAUGGCCAGGAUGGGGACCGGGGUGAUAGCGGCGAGGAAGGUCCACCUGGCCGGACAGGUAACCGCGGAAAGCAAGGACCAAAGGGCAAAGCUGGGGCCAUCGGGCUGGCUGGCCCUCGUGGCCCCAAGGGGGUCAGUGGUACCCCUGGGAAGCACGGCACACCAGGCAAGAAAGGGCCCAAGGGCAAGAAGGGGGAACCAGGCCUGCCGGGCCCCUGCAGCUGUGGCAGUGGCCGGCCCAAGUCAGCUUUCUCAGUGGCGGUGACCAAGAGCUACCCUCGAGAGAGGCUGCCCAUCAAAUUUGACAAGAUUCUGAUGAACGAGGGUGGCCACUACAACUCAUCCAGUGGCAAGUUCAUCUGUGGCGUGCCAGGGAUCUACUACUUCACUUAUGACAUCACCCUGGCCAACAAGCACCUGGCCAUCGGCCUUGUGCAUAACGGCCAGUACCGCAUCCGGACCUUCGACGCCAACACCGGCAACCACGAUGUGGCCUCGGGCUCCACCAUCCUGGCCCUCAAGCAGGGGGAUGAGGUCUGGCUGCAGAUCUUCUACUCAGAGCAGAAUGGGCUCUUCUAUGACCCGUACUGGACUGACAGCCUCUUCACGGGCUUCCUCAUCUAUGCAGACCAGGACAACCCCAAUGAGCUAUAGACGGGCCGGCGUGCAGCCACUGGGCAGGGACUGGGCUUCCGGACUUGUGCUCACAGAGCAGGAUGUCGCUGCGGUUGGGAGUCUUGGAGGCUCCUAUCCUCAGGCCAACCUCCUUUGCUGCUUUUUACAUUUUUCCCAUCAUUAAACCUGAGUGUUUUUAUUCAACUAUUUAUCUAC